CACGGCUGUGACUAGUAAGAGAAAGAAGAAAAAUGGGUGUUCUUGAUCACGUCUCUGAAUAUUUCGACUGCUCUCAUGGAUCCAAAAGACACAAAAGUCUACAGACGGUGGAUGUGAGGGUUUUGAUAGAUUGUGAAGGAUGCGAGAGGAAAGUAAGGAGAGCCUUAGAAGGAAUGAGAGGAGUAAGAGAUGUAACCAUCGAGCCAAAUGCUCAGAAAGUGACAGUGGUUGGGUACGUUGAGCCAAACAAAGUGGUGGCUCGGAUCAUUCACCGGACCGGUAAACGAGCCGAGUUAUAUCCUUUUGUUCCUUACGACGUGGUGGCUCAUCCUUACGCGUCUGGUGUUUACGAUAACAGAGCCCCGACUGGGUACGUUAGGAACACCGAGUAUGAUCCUCAUGUGUCACGGCUUGCACGUGCUAGCUCCACUGAGGUUCGUUAUACUACGGCGUUUAGCGACGAGAACGCCUCCGCUUGUGUUGUUAUGUCGUUUUUGUAUAAAAUAAACGGCAUAGCGUUUUCUUCUAGAACAUCGAAACAGCAUUGUUCCCUAAAACCCGCUUCAUUCCUCCUCUCAUCUCUCUACCUCUUUUUGGGCGGGAAACUGUACCAGAAAAACCUCAAGAGGAGAGAAAAAGCGAGAACGAGAACGAUUAAGGUAGAGAGAGUGAUGGCGGCGGAAGAGGGUAAAGAUGAGCCGGGAUUGGAUCAGGUGGAGGAAGAGUUCUCUGUGUGGAAAAGGAACACACCAUUUUUAUACGAUCUUAUGAUCUCUCACCCACUCGAAUGGCCAUCUCUAACUCUCCAUUGGGUCCCUUCGACGCCGAUUCCGUACGCGAAAGAUCCUUACUUCGCCGUCCAUAAGCUUAUCCUCGGGACUCAUACCUCCGGUGGUGCUCAGGAUUUUCUAAUGGUCGCCGAUGUCGUUAUUCCGACACCUGACGCUGAACCAGGGUUAGGUGGAAGAGAUCAGGAACCUAUCGUCCCUAAGGUGGAGAUUAAGCAGAAGAUACGUGUUGAUGGAGAAGUGAACAGAGCGCGGUGUAUGCCUCAAAAGCCAACUCUUGUGGGUGCUAAAACAAGUGGCUCGGAGGUGUUUUUAUUUGAUUACGCCAGACUCUCUGGAAAGCCCCAAACAAGUGAGUGUGAUCCUGAUCUGAGGUUAAUGGGACAUGAACAAGAAGGUUAUGGAUUGGCUUGGAGCUCCUUUAAGGAGGGUUAUCUUUUGAGUGGCUCACAAGAUCAGAGAAUCUGCCUUUGGGAUGUUUCAGCUACUGCCAGUGAUAAGGUUUUGAAUCCAAUGCAUGUAUAUGAGGGACAUCAAAGCAUCAUUGAAGAUGUAGCAUGGCACAUGAAGAAUGAGAACAUAUUUGGGUCUGCGGGUGAUGAUUGUCAAUUGGUUCUAUGGGACUUACGAACAAACCAAAUGCAACACCAAGUCAAAGUUCACGAGAGAGAGAUAAACUAUCUUUCUUUCAAUCCCUUUAAUGAGUGGGUACUAGCCACAGCUUCCUCAGACUCGACUGUCGCUUUGUUUGACCUUCGUAAGCUGACUGCGCCAUUACAUGUCCUGAGCAGACACGAGGGAGAAGUUUUCCAAGUGGAGUGGGAUCCCAACCAUGAAACAGUGCUUGCAUCUUCUGGCGAGGACAGAAGACUCAUGGUCUGGGAUAUCAACAGGGUCGGGGAUGAGCAGCUUGAAAUAGAGCUGGAUGCAGAAGAUGGUCCACCUGAGCUACUCUUCUCUCAUGGAGGUCACAAGGCCAAGAUAUCAGACUUUGCCUGGAACAAGGACGAGCCUUGGGUCAUCUCAAGUGUAGCUGAAGACAACAGUCUUCAAGUCUGGCAAAUGGCGGAAAGCAUUUACCGCGAAGAUGAUGAAGAUGAUGAUGAUGAAGGCAACCAAAAUGCACAACAUUCCAAUGAAAACCAGAAAUGAUUAAAGUCUUUUGGUGGAUGAUGAUGACUUAUAACUGUUGUUGUUAACGUGUUUGAGCCAAUAUAUAUUAAACAAGUUUGGUGUAUGAGUUAUGCUAAGUAUGAAACACUCGUUUAUUCCAGGACAUCUGCUAUGAUUCUUGAUUUUCAUAGUUCACUAAACCCUAUUGCAAAGCAUGAUCUUGUGAUUGGUUCAAGUAAAAGUUAAGCAAUAGAUCCUAUUUCAAGUC